AUGGUUGUCACGCUUAACCCUUCACCGGAAUACGCACACGAAACAAAACACGUGCUACAAUUGGCCGCUGUUGCUAAGGACUUACAAAUAAACAACACAGUUUCCGAUUACCCAAGCUCACUUGAGAGUAGCACUCAUGACUUGAAUAACAGUGUAUGUGCCGAGUUGAUGAAGCUCCGGACCUCUAAUGAAAGACUCCACUAUGAAUUAUUACAAUCUCAAAACUAUAAUGAAGAAUUGACAGCUUUGAUAGACGAAAAACAGGCAACAAAUGCAAUCACUACGCGGGAGUUAGUCGAUUUGGCCAAAGAGAGCAGUCGGCAGUUCUAUGAGCCACAUAUAGAAGCGCUUAAGAGAGAGAUAGAGGAGUUGAAAGAAGAAUAUGAGGAAAUUAUAAGUGAUUUGAAGGAACAAAUGGCCAUGGGGCCGAAAGGAUUCAAGAUUGACCAACUUAUGACUGAAAUUGCUACAUUAAAGGAAAAAUUAACGGCCGAGGAGUUAGCGCGUGCAAGAGCAGAAGAAGAGAUUCAGCAUUUACGAGCCUGUAUUGAAGAGAGGGAUGGAAAUGACGAAGUAUCAAACAACGAUGACAUAUCCAUAACUGAGUCCGAUAGUGAAGAGGAACAAGACGAAUUGUGCAAUGAAAGUCUCGAACCGACAUUUAAAAAAGAAGAUAUUAAUAGGACUAGAUUACUUCGACAAAGUCUAGUAAUUGAUGUCGAUAAUGGAACGGACUAUGUUUCGGAUUUGGAUGACACAUUAAAAGAUGAUAGUGACGAAUCAAGUGAUAAUGUAAUGACUACAUGUAAAAAAAAUAUAUGUCAUGAUUUGGAAAAUGAAGAAUGCAAUUUGGACCUUGUCAGUUUUAAAUCGGGUAACAAAGGCCCUUUCUUUUUUAAUGAAGAUAAUGUAAUUCCUAAGAAAACAGAUGCUAGGGGAACAUAUUGUGGCACUUCAAAUGACCAAUCAAAUAAAGCAAUUGAAUCGUCCAUAGAUGAGGGCUUUCAGUGUGAUAAUGAGGUUGAUGAUGUACCGGAAAUCCUCUUUAAGAAAAGUAUUUCCCUUGCCAAAACAGUUACUGACAUUAAAAACACAUUUAGAAAUGAUUCGUUAGCUCAGUUCGAACAAUUCGAAAUGGAAUCAAAUAAUUGUAAUCCUGCAGAAUCAUUGUCGCCAAAUGAAUUUGGUAAAAAUUUACCCAGUAACACCAAAGGUUUCUUUUAUGAUAGUGAAAAACAUUCUGAACUGGUCAUAACUAAUAUAGAUGAUGAGAGGUCACCAUCUAUCGUUCAAGAUGACGAGAAUGACAAUUAUGAGCCCAGUAUGAUUAAAACGCUUUUGAAAAAGAAAUUUGUUGCUCUACAUGAAAACCCCGAGCAUUUAAAUGUAGACCAAGAUACACUUAAAGGGAACAAAGAAACAGAUUUCAAGGAAAGUUUCGACUGUGUAAUUCUAAAACAUACAUUUGAAGCUUCUCAAGAAUCUGUUGAUUUAUUUGAAUCACCACGUCCAGGGAAUACAGAAAUUAUUCUCAGCGAUAAGCAUAACAAGCCUAGAGAUAAUAUUGAAUCCUUAGAAAGCCCUAAAAAUUUACAACGAGAGAAAUCUCAAGAGUCGAGUAUGAAUAAAACUAUCCCUAGCUUUCCCUUAUUAGAUAAAGAUAACAUAAAUGAAAAAAGCGGAACUGACAACAUUAUCGUAGAAAACAUACGAAAACUGAGUAUAGUCGAUGUUUCUCACAUUGAGGAAGAAACAGCAAAUGAUAGUAAAAAAGAAACUAUUGUUAUCGAAAUAGACGAAAAGGAAUUAAAAAAUCGUCAAUCCCUUUCACCGUUAAUCGAAACAAGUCGUGAAAUUGAAACUACGACUAAAUCAAACAUUCUAGAAGAUGAAAUAAGAACAGAAUCACACAUUUCAAUUGAUGAUGCAUCAUUAAAUGUUAAACAUUAUUUACCUAAACCAUGCGAUUUGUUUAAAGUACCAUUACCAUUAAAUGGAAAUACCAAAUUGGAGAAGGUAAAAGAACAUUCAAAAAAUACCAAUGAUGUUAACGAAAAGACAUCAAAUGACAUAUCAAUUGCAAAUGCAACAAUUAACAAUACUUUAGAUGCUUUUGAGGAUAUUUACAAGAAUAUCACCUUGCCACGUGUGACCGAAUUUGAUUUAUUGGUAUCCACCAUUGAAGAGAAAGCUCCUCCCCCACCGGAGGCUAAAACAAAAUAUAAUUUAAGACAGAAAUCUAUUAAAACCAGAGCUCAACAUACUAAAGAAGAAAUAGUUCAGUUAGGAAAUAAUAAAAAUGAUCAGGAUAAGGUUAAAACAUUUGAUGGCAAUGAUGAAAUACUGAUUGAAACUCAAGCAAAAUGUGAAUCAAAGCCAAAACGAAAUCUUAGACUGCGCCGGCGCAAAGACGACGGUGAACUAAAAUUUAAGGACAUAGCCAAUUUGCAAGCUGAAUUUAGUGACGUUACUAUGAAUUUGCCUGCGCCAACUAAACUGGUAGAAGAUAUUCCUUCGCCUGUAAAAGAUGAUGAAGAAAAUAUAUCUCCAAUACUAGGCAUACAAAGCUGUCCAUCCAAAUCUGUAACUCGCAGCCGAAGAAAGCUGUUUACUCCGAGAGCAGAGGCGCUUGAGGAAACAUGUCCACAGACCGUUGACGGUGGCGAACAAAUUCGCGUUCCGCGACCGUCUUACCACCGACCAAGAGCUCGUAGAAAGCUUUGA